UAGAGAGAAUGCAGCUUUAACACUUCUGCAUUGGCUUCACUAGCUAGAACCGGAGGUUGCCGCCUGAUUGUUACCUUUUUACUGUAGAAAAGAGACUCGUAUACCUGUACUGUGUUCCCGUUUUUGGAAAUAAGAUCCACUAUGAAUUGUAAAUAAUUACUUCAGUGGACUGUGAGUACGUCCAGUGAGAAGCUGCCUCUGAAUGGCUUUGCUUUGUACUUAUAUUUAUUAUGCAUUAUAAGAAACUUUAAAACUGUGUAAAGAUGUUUACCUGGUCCCUGGAACCUUUCUGCGUAUUGUAUUUAUUGUCUUUCCUUGAAUCGGUUGUUGGUGAAACACAGUCGGAGGAUCCUCUUUCACCACAGAUGUUGCCGUUGGAUAUUGUUCUUUCUCAGGAGUUUGUGGUGGGUGUGUGAUGACCCUCAGUGUGUCGGCGUGAAAACAGAAAAAUACAUCUGACCGUGACGCAGAUAGCUGACUCAUGGCUUCAUUAAUCUCAACACAGAAAUGUAGUUAUUCAGCAAACAGACUUAAAAGUUGGAGGAUCAGUGCAGGGUUUUAUCCUCUCUAUGGAAAGCAGAAGGUUUAACAACCGAAGUCCGCUGUAACUGCGUUUCUCUCGAGCUUCUGCUGCCUGGUUGCCAGCUCUAAUGGUCCCACAGCAUCCAGCAAUCUGUUCCUCACACCACAGCAUCCGUCUCCCCGUGGUGAGCUUCCCCUCUCUGCUGGAGGGAUCUAAAGACAUCAGAUGGGCUUACAUUACAAACUACAAGCCGCCUCGGGCCAACUCGUCGCUUUUAAUAUCCGCCAGGAAACAUCGACACGCACAACUGGGGAGAGAAAAGAAAGCAUUUCCCCGGGCUUUGCUUCGCCUCUCCACGGUUCCCAACUCCACCCGUCCUUCAUUAUGUCUUCUCUUUCUCCCCCGUGCCACCCUCUCCUCCAAUACACACUAUAUGUCUUAUUCGGUGCUGAUCCAGCCUGUUUAUUUGCUUAUAUAAUAGAAUUCUACAGGCGUGUGUACACAAGCACCUGAUUGCCUUCCCUGUGAGGUGACUUAGCUAAUGGCAUUCUGCUCAGUGCCUGCUGUCGCACCCCAGGGAGUCAUUUACACGUUUGCAUUGCGUACGUAUCCCUCUCUGGGAGAACGUUUCCUUUACACGGAUGGAUUCAUGGCUGUUAAGAAGUCGGCUAGUCUUUUUUUUUUCUUCCCCAAACCGUGUAAUGGAGUGAUUUUCCUCGAUUCGGGGGGGGGGGGGGGGGGCUUUUUGUUGGUGUUGCUUAUGUUGCGUGUUUGUGUGUUAACCUCCAGUUCUGCAACUAUUUCUGAUUCGAUGAAAUGUCUGCAGGAUCCGGAGUGUGCCUGUUUAGUUUCAUGACCUUUAAGCCCACAAAAACAAACAUUGAAAACCCAGCGCAUUAAAAAUGCAUGAGCAUCCAACUCCAGAUCAGCCUGUGUUCAUAUUUAUUGGAGAGCUGCAGCUCUUCUGCAGCUGGUGUCAUGUGUAACAUCCUCAAUGAAACCUGCCUUUUCUCAGCUAUUAAUACAUUAUAUUAACAUCUUGUUAAUACGCUGACAGAGGGUAAAGAUGCAGGAAUGAUUUAACCACUGAAUCAGUAACUACACACCCACAUUACCUACCUGUAGAAGAACACCUGCUCAGCAGAAACGUAUAACUUACAGCCAAUAACAAGGAGUUGCUUCCACUGAUGUGUGUUUGUGUGUGACAGGUGGGAAACCUCGGUCUGCUCUUCAUGUUGCUGUUCUUCAUCUACGCGGCUUUGGGAGUGGAGCUGUUUGGAGAGCUGGUGUGUAACGCUGACUACCCCUGUGAAGGGAUGAGCCGACAUGCCACCUUUGAGAACUUUGGAAUGGCCUUCCUCACACUCUUCCAGGUUUCCACCGGCGACAACUGGAAUGGCAUCAUGAAGGACACCCUGAGGGAGUGCCCGCCGGGUCAUGCGGCCACCGAUUACGGCUGCCACGCCGGACUACAGUUCAUCUCCCCCAUGUACUUUGUGUCCUUCGUGCUCACGGCUCAGUUCGUCCUGAUCAACGUGGUGGUCGCCGUGCUCAUGAAGCACCUGGACGACUCCAACAAGGAGGCGCAGGAGGACGCCGAGAUGGACGCCGAGAUCGAGCUGGAGCUGGCUCAGGGAGGCCUCUGCUGCAUGAUGGGGGGCAUCGGCGCCAUCGCGAGCGGGUCCGGCACGAGCGGAGCAGCGUCCGGUGCCAUUACGGCGGGGACGACUGGGGGUCCGAGUGGCGGGGUGAUAGCGCCGCUACGAGAUGGAGGAGGAGGAGGAGGAGGAGGAGGAGGAAGAGGUGGAGGAAGAGGAGGAGGUGGUGGAGGAAGAGGAGGCGGAGCGGCUCACGAUGAACACACCCACCACCGAUGUCGGCUCUACUCUCCUGCUCAGGUGAGUGGACUUCCACACAUUACUGCUGAUGCAGCCUCACCUCCUCUUUUAAGGAAGCGGCGUUCAACAGGUUAAGAGAAGUUUGUGCCGUGAAAAAAAGUGGGAGAUAAGAAUAAAACAUUAUUUUUCCGAAUUGUUCCUGUGGAAUCUGUGGUGAUGGAAAACUGAAUUAUACACAAGCGUAGUUGUUCCUGGUUAUUUCAAGACUUCGUUAACUUCAUGUAAAGAGCUGGUGCUCUGUGGGACUGCACAGCCUCUUGGGUUAUUCUUAUUCAUGAUGCUGCUGCUCUACUUCUGCUGUUGAUGACUUUUACACAUGUGAUGCAAAUAGAAUACAUACAAAAAUCACACAUAAAAGUGAGCAGAGGCCCCACACACACACACACACACACACACGCAAAGAUAUUGACUGUGCUGGCUCUCAUCAUUCAGCUCCCUGAUUGGCUGCAUCUCAAACAACAAGUCGGUACAAGCGACAUCCAUAAUCACGCUCGCCUGAAACAUUACAGCACCUGCAGGUGAGAGCGGGUAUUUUCAGAAGUACGCUGACUGAGGCAGAAAGAAAGAAACAAGUCAACAAACAAACAAACAAAGGCAGAAAUAAAAGAGAGGUGGAGAUAUCGGGAAAUGGAGAAGAGGGAACAAUAGAACAAAUCUCAAUUUAGAUUUGAGAACAGCACGAGGGGAGAAAGAAGAAGUGAGCCGUUGGUACGGUGGAAGGAAAGUGACCGAGAGAUCGCUGCAGCAGGUGAAUCAACCAGUGGCUGAGUGAGUGAAGGUGUGUGAGUGAGUGAAGGUGUGUUAGUGAGUGAGUG